CAUGCCCCCGUUUGGCAGAACUCAGUCGGGGAAUUUUACGUCAUUGUGAUUCAACGGAUUUGGUGGAGUGUGUGAGUCUGCACUGCAAGCGGAGGGGAAUAGCCUGCAGUAGGCUACACCAAGUUCCGUACCAAGUUCCACUUACACUUCAGGGGAACUGUCUACUUUGGGAACGCCUUUAUGUUUGCUUUAAUAACUUUCUGUUGGUCAUCUGUCGUCGAAUCUGCGGCUUAGCUGCCACUUCAGAAGGGAUGGAGGCAAAAUAUUAAAGUCGUGUAGCCUACGGUCCACGUAUCCAUGUAGCCUUUGGAAGGUGUGCCUGCUGCUGAAGACGCAAACAUGCCGCUGACCGUGGUGGAGUUGUUGAGCUCGUGGCUAAUCCUGCUACAGUUUGUCUCUUGGACAUCGGAACUAAAACUAUCUUCGGAAGAAGCAAACCAGUUCUUAUGGAGACACAGGCGGGCAUACCAAGUUUUUGAGGAGACGAAACAAGGACAUUUGGAGAGAGAGUGCGUCGAGGAGAGAUGCAGCAAGGAGGAGGCGAGAGAAGUGUUUGAAAAUGACCCCGAGACGGACUACUUUUACCCCAAGUACUUGGCAUGUGUGGAAAAAUUUGGGGACUCAGAGAAAAAGAAGCAGGACCUAAUUACUUGCGUGCACAAUAUCCCUGACCAGUGCUCCCCAUCACCCUGCUAUCCCAGAGGUACGGUGCGCUGUGAGGACAAAAAGGGCGAGUUCCUGUGUCACUGUUUCACAGGAUGGACAGGCCCAAAGUGUGACAAAGAUGUGGAUGAGUGCGGUGAGAAGAAUGGUGGGUGUGACCACCUUUGCAAAAACACCCAAGGGAGCUACCACUGCUCUUGUCACCAAGGUUAUGCUUUGGUUGGACACCGCAAUUGUGUUGAUAUAGAUGAGUGUGUAACGAGCCCUGAGGUAUGUGGGACUGCACGGUGCUCUAACCUGAUAGGGGACUACGAGUGUCUUUGUGAAGAGGGCCACAUUUAUGACAACAAAACCAAGAGCUGCUUGGAUGUGGAUGAAUGUGAAUCGCAGUUAUGUGAGGAGGACUGUGUGAAUACGCCUGGAGGUUUCCGCUGCUUCUGUGAUGGACGUCAAGGGAAGAAGUUGUCACAUGAUCUAAGGACCUGUGAGCCCCUGGAACCUUGUGUGCCUCUGGACCUGAAACGUAAUGCACGCUCUUUGUAUCUGGGUCGCAUGUUCAGUGGGUCACCAGUGGUCAGACUACGCUUUCGCCGGAGGGUUCAAACAGGCUUCACAGCAGAGUUUGACCUAAGGACAUUCGACCCGGAAGGUGUUAUCUUCUUUGCGGGUGGCCACCUCAAUAGCUCCUGGAUUGUGCUGGCGAUUCACCAUGGGAAACUGGAGCUGCAACUAAAAUAUGGAGCUGUAAGCCGCAUCACCAGCAGUGGCCCAGAGGUCAACGAUGGCGAAUGGCACAAGAUCUCUGUGGAGGAGCAGGGGCGAAGUCUGGUGAUAAAGAUUGACCGAGAAGCAGUGAUGAAGAUUGCUGUGAAUGGAGACCUCUUCACUCUGAAGAAAGGCCUGCAUGAGCUCAACCUCACAGUUGGUGGGAUCCCCUUUAAACAAGAUGGCCUCAUCAGUAAGGUGAACACACGAUUAGACGGCUGUAUGCGAGAGUGGCGCUGGCUGACCGGAGAGGACUCGUCGAUUCAGGAGACGGUGCUCAAUAACGAGCACAUGCAGUGCUUCUCAAAGGUGGAGCGUGGAGCCUUCUAUAAUGGCUCUGGAUUCGCUUUCUUUAACCACAGCCAUGGUGACCCGCAGACUCUGAAUGUGCAGUUAAACAUUCGUGCAGCCUCAUCUCUGGGUGUUCUCUUUGCCCUAAUUCACCAAGAUGAUGUCUCUUUCUCCAUUUCUCUUUCCGACUAUCACCCUGCCAAGAAAGAGUGGCGAGAGCAUGUGCUGGUGUCUAUGGGAGAUGUCGUGGUGGCGAGUGCUGCUGUGCCUCUCUGUGGGUCGGGGGCUCACCUGGUGAAUGUAACCGUGUCAGGUAACCUGACACUGCUGGAGGUGGAUGGCCAACCAGGUCAAAGUGAGAGCUCGGAGGGCAAGGACCUGGAUCUCGCUGCACCCUACGGAACGUUCAUUGGAGGCCUGCCAGAUGUGUCGGUGGUGUCCACUCCUGUAUCGGCUUUCUACACGGGCUGUAUGGAGGUGACCGUGAAUGGAAAUCUGUUGGACCUGGACGGGGCUCUGCACAAACACAAUGAUAUACUCUCCAAGUCCUGCCCCCUGGUGGGCAUACCCUAAUAUCGCAGCUCAGUAUUGCCACAGACAUUUCAUUUCUUCCAAACACAUGGCCUUUAUAUUUGCUCCUUUUUAGUCCAUCGCAUAUGGCCCACCCUUGCAUACGUCUGCUAUUUGCCCUGCCAUAAUCUCCCAACUCCAGCCCUUUUAAAGGCCUCUGAUUCAAAAAGUCACACUCAUUUCAGCCUUCCUGAGUCUAGCCCAGCAGCUGAAGUAGAUGUUUUUAUGUUUUCCUCACUCUGCCGAAUAGUAUUCUUUCCAUCACAGAAUGGCCUUUCCUCCUCCUCCAAUGGUAAGAAACGUUUAUAAUAGAGUGUAGGCACAGUUUUCUCUUAACUAACAUGAGCAGUUUCCUGCUUCAGUUUAUAAUGCUUAAAACAAGCAAAGCAAUGACAUUGAUAAACUUUGCCCCAUGUAGUUAAUGGGAUGCAAAAGUAUAGCACAUGUCACAUAGAGCGCAAGAGUAAUGUAUUUUUAAGGUAGUCACUGAGACACAUUUGGGGUUGCAUAUAAAUGUGUGUCAGGUGUCCGUAUAUAAGAGGCAUCUGGCGUUAAACACCGCAAAGCCCCACGUAAGCUACUGAGUGAGAUGCACUGUAAGGCAGGUCAUAUGUAUAUACAUUAAUGUACAGUGCUUUUAGAUAGAAGCCAAUAGAAGACAGAACUCAGAUGGGGUCCUUACUACAGUUAAACAUUAUCCUCAUGAGCUUUCCCCCACAACAGUUUUUAUUGUGUCUGCAGCCGGACAGGAUUUGGGCAUUAUGUGUCCUCUAAAUGGCGAAAACAUGGAUACAUGAUCUGUAAAGAUGUAAUGACUCUUUUAGGGAACAAAAAAAACCACCAUUUAAACUGAAAUUUGCCUUCCCCUUUUUACCUAUAUCUAUAUUUUAAAGGCUCAGAGGGUAUUUUUUGUGUAUGCGUGCAUGUGUGUGUUUGAGUGUGUGUGUGUGUGUGUGGGUGGGUGUCUGUGUGUGUUUGGUUUAAUAGCAUACUGAAUGUUUGGAAUAUAGUUUAUCCAUCUGUAUUAUUUUUGAAGUUUAGAAUUGUUGUUUUUGUAUUUUCUUAUGGUGCUCCCCAAUCCCGUUGGGGGAAACCUUAAAGGUUCUUUUCAGUCCCACUGAAUCAAUCAAUCAAUCAAUAAAUACAUAUAUACUUGA